CAAAGUUAGUUAUCUUGUAUGGGAGGGUAUCCCUCCGUCUGUUCUCUGCUGGACUGAUGGUGCUAUGUCCAACAUCUCUCCUUGAGACUUCUGACUAUAUCACAAGUUAAUUCUACAACAAGAACAAGUGACGCAUGGUGUUUGGUGGAAGAACUCGAUCGUUGCUCACCCCGGCUUCUCCGCGUUUUCCCCGCACUUGAGCGUCACUGGAGUCGAUCUUCUCCCAAUCCAUCUUGGAGUCGACCUGCUCGCUGGUCAAUUCUCCGAGACACCUGCAUGUGGGCUGACGAACUGCUCUCAAUUUAUCCGAGGGGCUCCUGCUGGCCAGCCAUUGAGCCAGAUAAAUAACCGAGGGGAUGUAGGAGCGUAGGAUGAGCUCCAUUUAUGGCCACACGGCUCCCAGGUCAAGCCGGUCAACUGUAACUCCAUCAAUCUUCGGGUGUGUACAGAACUUGACGAUGACUACAAGGAAACUAGGUGUGACUGCCAUAGUCAGCGGUGUGUUGACUACUGCGAGCGUGGCCAACGGCUUGAGCUUCGCGAUCCCUUCUUCUGUGCCUGCCAAUGCGAGUGCGCAGAUCGAUGCUGCGCCGGUGGGCUUGUCAUUCGAGUUCUUCGCGUUCCCCGAGUACUUCGAGCAGUUGUCCCUGACCGACGGUUGUCUGGGAGUGCUGGCCGAUGCAUAUGGAACGAGUCCCCCGAUCCGGAUCGGUGGAACCACCCAGGACCGCGCGACAUACAACGCCUCCCUAUCGUCUGCCGUAUCCUACACCGUCGCCUCGCCGGACGACGCCCCCGAGACGCUGACCUUCGGAGACUCGUUCAUGGACAUCGCAGCGAGCUAUAGUGGAUCUGUCACCAUCGGGUUCAAUAGACGCCUAGACAACAUCAACAACACCAUCGCAGCCGCCAAAGUCGCCACCUCCACGAUCAGUAACCUAUACGCCAUCGAACUCGGCAACGAGCCAAACUUCUUCACAUCCAGCGACCCUAUCGCCGACGGCAAAUCCUGGACCGCUGCCGCCGACGCCGUGUCACAAGUCGCAUGGCAGAGCUCGGUCGCAACAGCACUCGACAAGACCGCCAUCAUCCAAGCGGGCGUCUUCUUCGGACUAGGGUCCUACGAGGUGACCAACCUCGUGGGCGAGGAGGAAGAAACGGAUGCCACGCAAUACGUGCGCUCCUUCUGCCACCACUACUACCCCUACUCCGCCUCGACCGCGGAUCUCGAUGGGCUGAUGAGCCACGAGGAGAUCGUGGAGGGCGUGACCGCGUUCCAGUCGCAGGUGUCCGCGGCGCAUGAGCUUGACAAGGAUUUCGUGAUGGGGGAGACCAAUUCCGCAACCGGGGGAGGCGGGGGGAUCAGUCCCACUUUUGGCGCGGGCUUGUGGAUUUUAGACUACGCGAUGCAGGCGGUUAUUCUGGGGAUCAAGCAACUGUAUUUCCAUCAGGGAACCAUUGGCAACUGUCCGUACUGCUGGUGGGACGAGACCGUGAACGCCCCAUUCUUUGGCGCCUAUACCGCGGCGCUGGCGCUCGGGGGAGCGUCGCAGGUCGCGCAGCUGGACAGCGGCGACAGCCGGGUGGCCGCGUACACGAUCUACGACAGCAGCGGCGCGCCGUCGCGGGUGCUGCUGUACAACUCGGAGUACUACACCUCAGGGACACGGAGCAGCGUCAACAUCACCUUGAGCGGCCUGUCCUCGACCACCGUAUCAGCCAAGCGACUGACGGGAGAUGCGGCGACUACGACCGUGGGAGCGGGGGCCAUCACCAUCGGGGGACAGACAUUUGCCAACGGGACGUGUGCAUUGCAAGGCACGGAGGAGACGGAGACGACGGCGGUGCAGAGCGGCCAGGCGACCUUCACUGUGCAAGAGUCCGAGGCGUUGCUUAUUUAUCUAUAGUAGGAUAGAUCCAUCAGAUAAGGAUGCGGGUAGCGCAAGGGAUGGAUGGAUCGCGGGUGACUGUAUAAGCAUAAGUAAGCAUUGAGCAAAUAUUUCCGAGAUCC